CGGACUCUCAAGACAUGAACGCUCACACUGUGAGCUGCGGAAUGACGCAGGACCGAAGCGAGCAAGCCACCACUUCGACGCACGUUUCCCCGAACAGAUGAGCCGACUUCCUGUCAUAUGGCAACCGCGACCGUGGUCUCCCAAUAUGGUGCAGUUUCGCGCCCUUGGCACAUGCGAUAGCUCUAUAUAAGGGGAGCAGCGGGACCGUAUCGUGUGCGUUACCGACCUUCCCAACUCCCAUCAUCAGCCCACUCCUCCUGCCGGCACGAUGCGCGCGUCGUUUCUGUCGCUUCCGCUCAUUUUCACGUACGCUGCGGCGACCAAGAUCAUCAUCUCCAACGAUGACGGCUGGGCGACCGCGCAGAUUCGCCAGCAGUUCGAUGCGCUGACUAGCGCAGGCCACAACGUCAUUCUGUCUUCUCCGGCGUUGAACCAGUCUGGCAAGAGCUCCCUGUCCAAGACACCCACGGCGUUGACGGAGCCCUGCGAGUUCGACACAUGCCCAACGGGUUCCCCAGCUAUGGGCUUCAACAGCAGUAACACCCGCUUGAACUACGUGAAUGGUUAUCCCGUGGACGCGGCCCGCUAUGGCAUUCAGACCCUUGCUCCGAAGUUCUUCAACGGCGGAGCGCCCGACUUUGUCGUCAGCGGGCCUAAUGUCGGCAGCAACCUUGGGCUCGUAGCUCUGCUCUCCGGCACUGUCGGCGCUGCAUGCGAAGCUGCGCGCACCGGCAUUCCCGCCGGCGCCUUCUCCGGUGUGAGCGGUUCUGAGGUGUCCUACACGACCCUCUCCUCCACCCCCGACGCGACCUCCUCCGUCGCCGCGCGCAUCUACUCGGACCUGACCACCACCUUCGUCAAGACCCUGGCCUCCGCUGCCGCUGCGAACUCCGGCCCCUACCUGCCCCCCGGUGUCAUCGUUAACGUCAACUACGCAUCCGUCGACAACUGCGCGAGCGCGGCGAGCUACCAGUGGGUGUUCUCGCGCCUCGUGUGGAACAUCUUCGAGACGGACGUCGAGACCUGCGGGUCGGAUCACUUGCCGACGGAGUCGACCGUCGUCGGGAAGGGCUGCUACGCGAGCGUGUCGGUCAUCGAUGCGCAGAGCAAGCUCGACGUCAACGCGACGCUGCAGGCGCAGGUCAGGGACAAGCUGCAGGGGUUGCCGCUGGUCUGCCUGCCGUAGUGCUGGGGUUGUAAUCAAGGAGGAGCGUAGGCUAUAAACACGCACCGUCUUUACACAAACGUUCUUUCCGAAUCUCUAGUUGGGAUUAAGAUAUAAAAAUCAGCAUUUAUCUGGCCGU